GGUGGGUGGCGCCAUGCUCACCGUCAAAUUGCGCGCUUUCUGGUGUUUUGUUUUCUUUCUUCCAACUUGUGAGCAACACAUGAAACAAAUGCCAGAGGCAGCAUCCUACUGCGUCGCACAAUCAAAGGUUUCGGCUGGAGAUUUCCUUGAUGCAGACAGACAUUAGAAUCAAGUCGUAUGAUGGUAACGGCACAUGUCUACAAUCAUCCAUCAACCAUCAUCUGGAACCAAACCCUUGAUGAAAAUGCGCUCCUUCCGAAACCCUUGGUUCUCGAGGCUUCGUCCACGCAUCUCCGGCGAGAAUGGCUCUGCCGAACCAGCAGCAAGUUGAUUACCCGAGCUUCAAGCUCGUUAUCGUUGGCGAUGGAGGCACUGGGAAAACCACAUUCGUCAAGAGACAUCUUACUGGAGAGUUUGAGAAGAAAUAUGAACCAACCAUUGGUGUGGAAGUUCAUCCAUUGGAUUUCACCACUAACUGUGGAAAGAUCAGGUUCUACUGCUGGGACACAGCUGGGCAAGAGAAAUUUGGCGGUCUUAGAGAUGGAUACUACAUCCAUGGUCAAUGCGCUAUUAUCAUGUUUGAUGUUACAGCUCGAUUGACGUACAAGAAUGUUCCUACAUGGCAUCGUGAUCUCUGCAGGAUGUUAACCAAUUUCUUUGUUCUCAGGGUGUGUGAAAAUAUACCCAUAGUUCUGUGCGGAAACAAGGUUGAUGUAAAGAACAGGCAGGUGAAGGCCAAGCAGGUUACUUUCCACAGGAAGAAGAACCUACAGUACUAUGAAAUUUCUGCCAAGAGCAACUACAAUUUCGAGAAACCUUUCCUGUACCUUGCCCGCAAGCUUGCUGGGGAUCCCAAUCUUCACUUUGUUGAGGCCGUUGCUCUUCGACCCCCAGAAGUACAAAUUGACAUGGCUACGCAGCAACAACAUGAAGCUGAACUUGCCCAAGCUGCUAACCAGCCUCUUCCUGAUGACGAUGAUGAUGCAUUCGAUUAGAGCGGUGUAUUGUGAAAAGCUGGAUCCCCUUGUGCAGGUUCUCUGGCACUAUGUUAUGGUCAUCUCCAGAGUUUUCUCUCUUCAUGAUGGGAUGUGCCCAUUUGUUGCUGUUAUGAGAACCUUUUGAAAGACUCUAGUCAUGGGGGAAUUCGGGUUGAGGAGGUUGUGCACUUUUUCUCUAUAGUAGAGUGGGAUUUGUGCUUUGGUUUGUGAUGGAUGUUUGAUUGGGAACCUUGAGUUCUUGGAACUGGUAUAAUUGGGAAGACGGGAGUGUUUUGAGAUAUAUUUUCCUGCGCGUUUCUCAGCCUCGUAUUAAUCUGGAUCUGUUCCCAAUGGGCCUGGCCUGGUUACUGACGGACUUAUUGUCUCUUCUUCCUCAAUUGGAUAUUGGCCUGGAUUUUUGCCCGUUCCUAUUUAUGGGCUCCAUUGUUGGGCUGGAAGAAAGCGACCUCACAUCUGCAACCACAUUCAACCAUCUUCCCACAACACCCCCUCGGCCCCUCUUGCUAGGCAAUAUCGAUGCAGCCGUCGAGAAGGCCUACAACGAACUAGAAGUAAUACCAUACCAGCAAUCCAAUUCUGUGUUCGAAUCACGACGAGUCAUUUUGUAGGUCUAACGAUACAAUACAAUGACGAGACUCGCGCUCCAUAUUCGGACAUUCAUGACAUGUGAUGUGAAAGCCAUAGGAGUGAGUAUAUGGCAACCUUAAGUACCGAUUCCAAAAAAAAAAAAAAGGGGGGGGGACAGAUACAAACACAAACAGAGAAACAGAUCACUAAGCCACUUAGUGAUAUCCACCACCCAACUUGCCCUGUGUCUCUGGAACAGGAUAUACUUAUCCCCUCCAUUCUUGGAACCACUUCUUCCCAUCUGUCCCUUUCCAUGCCGACUCGUUGCUACCCUCCUGCCAGUUUCUUCACUGCACCCUAACAAGGCCGGAGGAAGAAACAAGGCAGUGGCUAGGCUAGGCUGCAUGUUAACAACAUUGUGGGGGCUUUUGAUCUAUAUUGUAGGACACUGUCCCUUCCCUUGAGUGUUUUCAGGUGGUAAAUUGAAUUGCCCCUAAAAAAAGCCCCACAGCGAGGUGGGUUCUGGAUGGUCGGAGUGGAUUGAGUUCUUUUGAAUUGGGUUUGUCUUUGGGCUUUUAAGGGUUGCGGGGCAGUGAGAGUGUGUAGGGCUUUGCCCUUCUGGAGGGACAGCCCCGGGAGCCAUUUUCCCUACACAAGUUUUAAAAGCCAUCCUUUGUCGUUAAACGCGUGGAUGGAUUUGUGCGGAUUUUCAAGUAAAAAAAAAAAACCUUAUUAGUUUUAAAAACACA